GGGAGCAGCGGUCUGGAAGCGUACUCAACAACUUCAGACAAACUUGACACGAUGGAUGCCCUGAAGUCAGCUGGGAGAGCCAUUAUCCGAAGUCCAAGUAUCGCGAAACAGUCGUGGAAUGCCAGCAGACAUAAAAAGCUGCCGGAGAACUGGACCGACACCCGGGAGACGGUUGUCGAUGGGAUGACCUUUAACCUCCGACACCUGGGCAUGACUCUGGUGGACCAGCCCAAGGGGGAGGAGCUGUCGGCGGCAGCGGUCAAGAGGAUUGUUGCCACGGUGAGACGCUCCGUCGCACAGGAGGCGAAGGCCAGUGGGAAGAAGGCUCCCAAAGUGUCUCUGAAGGUGUCUCCUCAGGGCAUCGUCCUGCUCGACUGCCUGAGCAACCAGCUCCUGGAGAACGUCUCCAUAUACAGGAUAUCCUACUGUACGGCAGACAAGCUGCAUGACAAGGUGUUUGCCUACAUUACCCAGAACACCCUCAACGGCACCCUGGAGUGUCACGCCUACCUCUGCUCCAAGAGGAAAGUGGCUCAGGCUGUGACUCUAACAGUAGCCCAGGCUUUCAAAGUGGCAUUUGAGUUCUGGCAGGUGGCCAAAGAUGAGAAGGAGAAAAGGGUGAAGUCUGGCUCUGCAGGGGAGGAAUCCAUCUCUUCCCAGAGAUCCAACAGUCUCACAGACGUUGCCACGGGCAACCUCUUGGACUUUGAUGAUAACGUUGCCAUGGUAUUGGAAACCAACAACAUCGAGGAGAGUCCUCUGGACCCCAGCCCCCCCGAGAACAUCCACAACUACACUGUCUGGGAAAUGGAAGAUGGUUUGGAUGAAGCCUUCUCAAGCUGUACUCUGGAUAGCUACGGGCCUCUUCAAGACUGGCAGUGUCACGUAAUAACCCCCAGGUCCUGGACACUGGGGUGACCCCCCAGGACUGUCUGACAGAACCAGACUGGUACAGCGCGAACGGCAACAGCUCCAACAGGGACGACAGCUAUGUCUUCUGAGGACCGCAACACCGGAGAGGGGGAGGAGGGAGAGGGGGAGGAGGGAGAGAGGGAGCAUGAGACAGAGAGAGGUUACAAGAAUUCCUCCCGAUAGGAGCUGCUAGGCUGAGAGCUCAUCCUCUCCCCAGUUCCAAACAGAUUCCCCAACCGACGCCAGAGCGCCCGUCUAACACCUGUCCAUACCAUAACACACCUAUACCCUGCUGGCUCUUUAACACAGACCACGUACAACCAGCUUCAUGUUUGUCAGCCUCCAUUACAUUUUUAUUGUUGACCUUAUUUUGUGUAAUUCUGUUGGUACAGAAGAUAAUCAGUGUUCUUUAGUUUUAUGUAUGUGCCCAGUAUAAUGUAUAGUUAGUUUUAUAGAGUAGAACCAUGACAUGACUGAAUCAUGCUGGACCUAAAGUCAUUUCUUUCUCCUGUGUCGGGAGCAAACAUCUCCACAUGCCUUAAUGAACUCAGACAGCCAGGGUCUCUAACAGUAACCCUAACCCAAAGAUAACACAAGGGUUAAUGAACUCAGACAGCCAGCUCUAGUUGUCUGAUCUCUGAACACCAGCGCGGUCAGGACUGAAACCAGCUCAUGGAAGAGAUCCUUGUUUCUGGCCAGGAUCUUCUCUGUCGACGAGAUGUUUGGGGGCCAGGUGCUGACCUGACAAGCAGCUCCUCCAGUCUGGUGUGUUCUACAUUUUCAGAGGCUUCUCUCCUGACCACACAUCUUGCCUGCCAUUCAACACUGUGUACCAGAUAAACCCAUUUAAAUAAAGUUACGUAUAA